CGAAAGACACCGAACGUUCGUGACGUGUCAUGGCAGCGAUCGUGUGAUGAUAUACCAAAAGAGCUACGACGUUUGUUCAUUCAUCCCUAUGAGGUGCAUCGAAAAGUCCAAAUUUUGUGAACAAUUAGACAUCCCAAUGAUUACUAAAUUAUUUGAGUAUAUGAAUUAAGGAUAAUAUUGAUAGAUAAACACACAACCAACGCGACUGCAACUUAGUAGAGAGACAAUGGCGUUUUCCAUAAAAACUAUUUUUUGUCUUUUGUGUUUAAUAAAAUGUGCCGUGUGUUUUUACCUGCCCGGAUUGGCACCAGUCAACUUUUGUAAAGCUGGCGAUGGCACCGGGACAUGCAAAUCCGACAUAAAGCUGUAUGUCAACAGAUUGAAUACAGAAGAGUCCGUGAUUCCUUACGAAUAUCACUACUUCGACUUCUGUAAAGGUGAUGAGACCCAAUCACCAGUGGAAAACUUGGGUCAGGUUGUCUUCGGCGAACGAAUUCGUCCUUCUCCUUACACUCUCUCCUUCCUCAAGAACAUGACCUGCGAGAAGCUCUGCACAAAGACGUACGUCGGUGGCGACGAGCAGUCCGAGAGGAAGCUAGACCGUCUGAAAAAGGGAAUGGCCUUGAAUUAUCAACACCACUGGAUUGUUGACAAUAUGCCAGUGACCUCGUGGUACCCUUCCGAUGAGGAUAGACAGUACAGGAGGACAAGAUUUCCCAUGGGAUGCUUCUUAAGUGAGACUCGAUCUCUGCCAGAUACGUGCAGCCUGGGCUCAGGGUAUAACAAGGCCAACAAAUAUUAUUUGUUCAACCAUGUGGAGUUGAAAAUCACUUAUCACUCUGGGGGUACUGAGGAGUGGGGCAAUGCCUUUGGGGAGAAGGGUGGAAGAAUCAUAUCGGUGGAGGUAACUCCAAAGAGUAUCAAACAUGACGAUUCUCGUGCCCUCGACUGCAAAUCUAAGGAGCCACUGGAGAUCCCUUAUGAGAAACUCAAAUCUGGGGAAAGUCUGGACAUCACGUACAGCUAUUCCGUCCAAUAUAUCAGGAAUAACACGAUUAAAUGGUCCUCCCGGUGGGAUUACAUACUCGAAUCCAUGCCCCACACUAAUAUUCAGUGGUUCAGCAUCCUUAAUUCACUGGUCAUAGUGCUCUUCCUAUCGGGCAUGGUUGCCAUGAUCAUGCUGAGGACGCUCCAUAAGGAUAUUGCCAGAUACAAUCAGGCCUACUUUCAGAUUGAGUCUGGCGAGGACGCACAGGAAGAGUUUGGAUGGAAAUUGGUACAUGGGGAUGUGUUUCGUCCACCUCGAAAGGGAAUGCUGCUCUCCGUGCUGCUUGGAUCAGGUGUACAAGUAUUCUGCAUGACACUCGUCACACUGGCAUUUGCAUGUUUGGGAUUUCUGUCCCCUGCGAAUCGAGGUGCUUUAAUGACUUGCGCUAUGGUUCUCUACGUAUGCCUGGGAACGCCAGCUGGAUACGUCUCUGCACGAAUAUACAAAAGCUUCGGAGGAGAAAAAUGGAAAUGCAACGUCUUGCUUACUGCUAUGUUGUGUCCAGGAAUCGUCUUCAGUUUAUUCUUCAUCCUGAAUCUUGUUCUGUGGAGCAAGGGAAGUUCAGCUGCUGUACCUUUUAGCACACUUGUUGCACUCCUAGCUCUGUGGAUUGGUGUCUCUGUGCCAUUGACCUUCAUUGGAGCUUAUUUCGGAUUUAGAAAACGAGCACUGGAGCAUCCAGUGAGGACAAAUCAAAUUCCCCGACAAAUCCCGGAACAAAGUGUCUACACGCAAGCAAUACCAGGAGUCGUAAUGGGAGGAGUACUACCAUUCGGCUGUGUCUUUAUUCAGUUGUUCUUUAUCUUGACUUCCCUUUGGUCGAGUCAAAUGUAUUACAUGUUUGGAUUCCUAUUCCUCGUAUUUCUUAUACUGGUCAUCACCUGUUCCAAGACAACGAUACUACUCUGCUACUUCCACCUGUGUGCUGAGGAUUAUCACUGGUGGUGGAGGAGUUUCCUGACUUCUGGAUUUACAGCUGUUUAUUUAUUAAUCUACUGCAUUCACUUUUUCGUCACAAAAUUGAAUAUUGAGGAUGCUGCUUCGACAUUCUUAUACUUUGGGUACACGCUCAUCAUGGUAUUCCUGUUCUUCCUUCUUACAGGUACAAUUGGCUUCUUUGCUUGCUUCUGGUUUGUCCGAAAGAUCUACAGUGUUGUAAAAGUCGAUUGAAACCUUAACAAAUAAAACAUUCAAAUAUUAAAGAAAAAUUAAUUCAGUGUUGCGGCCAUAUUUUAAUUAACGUUUGGAACAUUGAAGUACCAAAAAUUCAUCAAUUGUCCUUCUGAUCAUCGGCCUUCACAUCCUAAUUUCGAGUAGAUAAUCAUCAUUUCCACCGAAAUCAGAUAAUUAUGUACAAAUCGGCCAUUAAGUUAAGUAUAGCGUCCAUUAAUGAAAAUUGUUUUUAUUCUCUAUUAUGUUUACUUUCUCCAAAUAUAGCUGUUCGUGACAUUGAAACAUUUUUAUUCUACCUUUAGUAAAACAAAAAUACUAUUAUAUUAUGAUAAUGCACAUUCUAUAAUUCGUCAACUUUUGUAAAUUAAUGGAACAAAUAACCAAUGUUUCAUCGUAGAAAUAAGAGUGUGAAUAAUAUAAAUAAAAUGCUAUUUGAUAAGUUA